AGAAUCUCUGUGUCCACCGAAAGGGAAAGUAACACUCCUUACUCCCUCUCUCCACACGUCCAUCCCUCUCAUGGCUUGUCGCCCAAAUUCCAGCUACCAGUUGUGCUCUCGCCGCCGGCGACUCACCGGAAUCUGACCUACUUCCGGCUUAUUGCAUCACCGAAGAGUUCAAACCUGAAACAACCUUGAUUUGAUCGUUUUAGGCUUUUGAGCCAUCGGCGUCUGUAUUUGUACUUCUUGUCCACUCAGUGCACUUCAGUGUAUAUUCGAGAUCUCGAGUUGAGAGAGAAGGCUCCCCGGAGAUGUACGUCGUUCCUCCUCCGAAGCGCUCCGAUCCGAUUGGCGGAUCCACCGGCGGGUCGGAUGAUUUGCGGAUUUACCAGACGUGGAAAGGCAGCAAUAUAUUUUUCCUUCAAGGGCGUUUUAUAUUUGGACCGGAUGUAAGGUCACUGGUUCUCACAAUAUUCCUCAUUGUUGCUCCUGUCACAAUUUUUUGCAUCUUUGUUGCUAGAAAAUUGAUGGAUGAUUUCUCACACUAUUUGGGGGCAUCAGUUAUGGUUGUAGCUGUUGUUUUCACCAUUUAUGUUGUAGUGCUUCUCCUGCUAACAUCUGGAAGAGAUCCAGGGAUCAUUCCUCGAAAUGCACAUCCUCCAGAACCAGAUGGCUAUGAUGGAAGUGCAGAUACUGGUGGGCAGACUCCACAGGUGCGCCUGCCUCGCAUCAAAGAAGUAGAGGUGAAUGGGAUUACCGUGAAAAUUAAGUAUUGCGAUACCUGCAUGCUAUAUAGACCACCCCGUUGCUCUCAUUGUUCAAUCUGCAACAAUUGUGUUGAACGUUUUGAUCACCACUGCCCUUGGGUUGGACAGUGUAUUGGUCUGCGGAAUUAUCGAUUCUUCUUCAUGUUUGUGUUCUCAACAACUCUGCUGUGUAUAUAUGUUUUUAGCUUUUGCUGGGUUUAUAUUAAGAGGAUUAUGGAUUUGGAGGAGGCAACUAUUUGGAAAGCUAUGGUUAAGACCCCUGCUUCCAUUGUGCUAAUAAUCUACACCUUCAUAUCAGUGUGGUUUGUGGGUGGCCUUACUGCCUUCCAUUUAUAUCUCAUUAGCACAAAUCAAACUACUUACGAGAAUUUCAGAUAUCGGUAUGAUCGGCGAGCCAACCCCUAUAACAAAGGUGUGAUGCAGAAUUUCAAGGAAAUAUUCUGCAGCAGUAUCCCACCUUCGAAGAACAAUUUCAGGGCAAAGGUGCCAAGGGAACCAGGCAUACAAGCUCGACCAGUGAGCGGGGGUUUUGUGAGCCCAAGCAUGGGGAAAGGAGUGGAGGACAUAGAAAUGGGCCGGAAAGCUGUUUGGGGAGAUCUCGGGACCGAGUUAGAUCAUUGUGAAGGGCAACUAGGCAGCAAUGACGGCCUCGAUCUUAAGAGUGGUGGUGGUCUGGUUGAAGCCUCUCCUGAUAUAAGGACUACGGUAGAGGAGGCAGAUCGUGCCGGGAUACAUCCAAGGCGGUCAAGCUGGGGCAGGAAAAGUGGAAGCUGGGAAAUGUCACCGGAAGUUCUUUCUUUGGCCUCGAGGGCCGGAGAGCAGAACCGUACAGGCGGCACUGGGGGCACAAGUGGGAGCUUGACAACCAACAGAUAAGAGAAGAGGAAGUGAAGGGAAGGCAGCUAGUGUGCUGAGUUUGAAGCAGGAUAUGGUUAUUCGAGGUCUGAUGCUUUGCUGAUUCUAACUUCCACAAAUUACUUAUGCUUUUAUGCACUGUGUUGGGACUUGCUUUGAUAGGGUAUUGCAAGUAUUGGUUUGGUCAUUUUGUGCUCUUAUUAUUGUUAGGAAAGGAAAUUGGUAUGUAUUGGGUGUUGGGUGUGGGUGUUCUGCGAGAGAGUUGCUUUCUUUUCCCCCCCAUGUGUAUUGCAUUUGUGAUGUCAUUUUAGUGUCUAUGUGCUCUCUCUCUCUCUCUCUCUCUGCAAUGGGAAUUUGCCAAGCUGCCUUGUACACUAACCAGCUUGGAUUGCUAUCUUAAUAAAGAACUAGUGUGGAACUACUUA